AUGACCUCUCAGCGAAAGGCAUUCACAGCCUCGCCUCCCAGGAUACUGAGUAUUGCAGGAUCAGAUCCAUCUGGUGGGGCAGGUAUUCAAGCAGAUCUAAAAACGAUCGCCUCCUUGGGAUGUUAUGGAAUGUGUGCCUUGACGGCAUUGACUGCUCAAAAUACCAAAGGUGUUUCUGAAAUUCACAUCACUCCAACGGACUUUUUUCGUUCGCAAUUACAAACUUUGUGGGAGGAUAUAGAGAUUGACGCGAUCAAGAUUGGAAUGCUGGGAAAUCGUGAAAUUAUCAAUGCAUUACACGAAGAAUUGAAAGAUAGAAGGAUACAGAAUGUACCCAUCGUCAUAGAUCCAGUUAUGGUGUCUACGAGUGGGUCACUGCUUUUAACCCACGACUCAAUAAAUGAUCUAAUUAAGCUUCUACUGCCCAAAUGUUACCUAUUGACGCCCAAUUUACCCGAAGCAAAGCAAUUGCUCGAACAUGCAAAGAGUUCGAUACGAAUCGAGAAUGAUGGCAAUCUGGCAAAUCUGAUGUUAGCCGCACAUCAUCUCACUUCUCUCGGACCGAAAGUUGCACUCGUCAAAGGUGGUCAUCAUAUCUGGAAGAGAAGUCAACUAGAAGCCAAUCUGAAGGAGAUUGGCAUUUCUGUUGAAGGCGAGAAUGUAGAGGAAGAAAAGUACUUGGGAGCAGAAGUUCUUCAAGGAUCAUGGCAGAGUCAUAAAUUGAUUGUUGUUAGAACAGAUUUGGAGCCGUACGCCGACGUAUUGAGUAGUGGACGGCACGAUCAAGAUCCUGGUACGGUGGCAGAUGUGCUGUAUGACUCAAUAAAGGAUCAAUUAACAAUCUUUGUCAAACCGCACGUACAAUCACAAACAACCCAUGGAACAGGAUGUACGCUAUCGUCUGCUUUAGCCUCAAACCUGACAUCUUCAGCAUCAUUGACAAGUGUGGUACAUACUUCGAUUCAAUACGUUCAACGAUGUAUCUCUCGCGGAUUAUCAGACUUGGGAAGAGGUGUUGGUCCUUUGAAUCAUCUUUGCGGAAUUCAGCCUAGGCCGAUCUUACAACCGAUUGAUGUGCCACUUUGUGAUUCUGAACGAUUUCCGCUUUGUUCUCGAUUGAUAAGUUGUUCGUUACCCAUUUGGAGAGCAUUCACGCAACAUCCUUUUGUGGCUGGAUUGGUAGGUUACACCCUUCCAAGAGAGUCGUUCAUCUACUUCUUAAAGCAAGAUUAUCUCUUUCUCAAACAUUAUGCUCGUGUUUGGGCAAGUGGUGCUUCGUCUUUUACUGUUGGCAGUACAUUUGAACGAAUUGCUACAUUUGCGGGCAUUGCUGCAGAAAUGGCAUCAGAAGCAGAUAAUCAUGUCAAAAUUUGUCAAAGAUGGGGUAUCUCUCGUGAUCAGCUGGAAACAACGGUAGAGAGUUCGGCAACGUUGGCAUACACUCGAUACGUUUUGGACGUAUCUAGAUCAGGAGAUGCGUUGGAGUUACUAGCCGCAACGGGACCUUGUCUGUUAGGCUAUGGAGAAGCUGGUCGUUGGAUCAAGAAGGAACAGAGCAAGAGAGGGGCUCUAGACCGUUCCUCUGAACAAGCCGCUGCAUUCCAAGACUGGGUGGAGUAUUAUGCUGGUGAAGAAUUUCAAAAGAUUGUUCGAGAUGGGAUACAGAAUAUGGAAAAGUAUGCAGCCAAUGAUCCACCUUCCCUGAAAAGGACGGCAAACUUACAACGGAUCUGGGAUGCAGCGAUUCGAUUAGAGAUUGGCAUGUGGGAUGAAGCCUUAAACACACAAUUACGCAGAGAUGUACUAUCGUCAUAA